AUGUGUGGUGGUGGCUUUGAACACAAGCACUUGACCAAUGGUAUCAUAUUUGAAUUGCUGAAAAGCAUCCAGAAUGUUCUGCACGCACCAGAGACCACUGACAAUGCACAGACUGUUGUUUCAGACAAGGGUUCCCCUCAAGCAUCCAAGUUGUGGACAUUGUUGUUGGAGGUGAAGCACCUUGACCUUAACAUCUCUGCAGCUUCUUCCAUGCAUAUAUACCAUGGAUCCAAGUUGAAAUAUGGUGACAAACAUGGAAAUAACCAGACAUCUGCACCUAUCGCUGGGACAGGUAUGGUUCUGUCAGACAUAGAUGCUGAGGGGGAGCAGAGCGAUAGCACAUGCAUUUCAAAUGUAUUUGAACUACGGGAAGAUGCAAAAAAGUCAACAAAGGGCCAUAAGGUGAACCAUGAUAGCAAUGAUGGAUUGGCUGCUAAUGAGUCUCUUGCACACCUGCCAAAAGGCAAAGGGAAGGGCAAAAAGAAGGCAUUCAAACCGACAUUGCCGCAAACUGAAGAAAGUGAUGAUGAGUUAGAUGCAAAUGAGUCAGCUAUGGCUAUAGUGAAAGAAAAGAUUAAUCUAACAGUAGUAGAUCGGGUGCUAGCAAGAGACUCUCCCAACGAUGAAUUGCAGCCAUUGGCUUGUAAUGAGUCAGAUGUUGAGCAGUCAGCUAUUUUGUUGGGGAAAGGGAAUAGCACUCCAGCAUCACAGAUGUCUCUCCUAGCUACUGACAAUGAUGACAAGUACCAGCAUAUUAGUGCUGAUUUAGAGAUUCUCCGAAGGGCAGCAAGGCUGGUGAAUCCGCAUUCACUCCCAUCCAUAUUAGAUGACUGGUCCAAAUGGAACAGGAUUGCAUUCGAGCAGGGAAACUUGCAAGUAUUUCUGAAGCUCGGAACCUGGAUGCUCCUGCGAUUCAGACAGCUUGCAAUGCUUGACAUGGACACUGAUGUCAAUGGAGUCAUUAUUCCCGAAAAUCCCAGGACAAUGGCAUUUGAUAGUGAAGAUCAGUACCUCGAAGCACUAGGGAUGGAACAUCUGUAUUCUGCAAUCGUGCACAUGGAAUCACGCCUUUGCUUCCUCAGUCACCUCUUCCACUCUCUUGGCAAUGUAGCCAAUGAUUCUGACAUCAGGGAGAGCAACCCAAGAUUCUGGUCAAUUGCCUCUCCACCACCUGUUACGCACUCAAAUAGAUCUGUUAGGCGGAGCCCUAAGAGGGGCGUCGUCCACUAA